AUGAUGCUAAGGGGGCGCCGGAAGUGCUCCCACCGGAAGUGCUCCCACCGGAAGUGCUCCCACCGGAAGCGCUCCUACCGGAAGCCGCCUCAGAUCCAAGAUGUAGAGCCCCAUGGAAGCCCCAUAGAGCCCCAUAGCGCCCCACAGAGCCCUACGGAAGCCCAGUCUAGGGUUUACAUCCCCGGUGUGGGGCCUCCGCUGGGGCCGGACGAGGAGCUGGUUAUGGACGAAGAGGCCUAUGUGUUGUAUCACCGCGCCGGCACCGGGGCCCCGUGUUUGAGCCUCGAUGUGGUCCCGGACGAGCUGGGGGAGGGCCGGGAGGAGCUGCCCCUGUCCCUGCUGCUCUGCGCGGGGACCCAGGCGCCCACGGCCCAGGGCAACCGGCUGCUGGUGAUGAAGAUGCAGAACCUCCAUGGGUUUCGGCGCCGGCGGGGGGGGGGCUCCAGCAGCGACGAGGAAGAGGAGGAGGAGGACGAAGAGGAAGAGGACGAGGAGGAUGGGGGGCGCCAGCCCCAGCUGCUCCUGGCCAUGGCCCCCCACUAUGGGGCCAUCAACCGCAUCCGGGUGACUGAACUGGGCUCUAUGGGGCCGGUGGCAGCCUUGUGGUCGGAGCGGGGCCAGGUGGAGGUGGUGGCCUUGGGGGGGGCCCUGGAGGCCCUUGGGGGGCUGGAGGGGGGGGGGGGCCUCCUCCUGAAGGAACAGCCCCCCCUGAACCCCCUCUGCACCUUCCCGGGUCACAUGGGCGAGGGCUACGCCUUGGAUUGGUCGCCUACUGUUAAUGGGCAGCUCCUCUCCGGGGACUGUUCCGGAAGGAUCCACGUGUGGCGGCCGCAGGGGGGGGGCUGGGCCGUGGAUCAGCGCCCCCUGCUGGGCCACAGCGCCUCCGUGGAGGACCUGCAGUGGUCGCCCAAUGAGCCCUCGGUGUUCUGCUCCUGCUCCGCCGACGCCUCCCUUCGGGUGUGGGACAUCCGGGCCCCCCCCCCCCGCGCCUGUCGCUUGGUUGCGCCCGGGGCCCACGGCGCCGACGUCAACGCCUUGAGCUGGAGCCGCCGCGACCCCUUUGUGCUCAGCGGGGGGGACGACGGCGCCGUGAACCUCUGGGACCUGCGCCGCUUCCAUACAGGCUCCAGCGUGGCCACCUUCAAGCAGCACCGCGGCCCCAUCGUCGCCCUCCAAUGGCACCCCACAGCCAGCGGGGUCCUGGCGGCCGCCGGUGCCGACGACCUCGUCACCCAAUGGGACCUGGGAGUGGAGGCGGACCCGGACGAGGAGCUCGCUAUGGGGCGGAGCGACCCCCAAGUGUGGGGCGGGGGUUUGGAGGCGCUGCCCCCCCAGCUCCUUUUCUUGCAUCAGGGGGAACGGGAGCUCAAGGAGCUGCGCUGGCACCCGCAGUGCCCGGGGCUGAUGCUCACGGCCUCCAGGGAUGGAGUGGCCCUAUGGAGGUCCGCCAGCGUCUAGGGGGCGCU